AAAAUAAAUAAAUAUUAUUUUGUGAAGAAAAAGAUACAUAAGCAAUGGAUAGCUACUCGUACAAAGAAGUUGUGGAGGAGGAAGCAGAUCACAAGAACAUUCAAGGAAAUAAGAUUAAUAGGACUUCGUUGCUGCGCCAGAUAAUGGUUUGCAGUGCAAUUUGGUCCAGUUAUUUCUCGUUAGGCCUUUGUCUCGGAUCGCCCACAGUAAUCAUUCCGCAAAUCCGGCGAGAGUUUAAUUCGACAGAUGCAAUAAGUCAAGAAAUAGCCUCAUGGUUAUCUUCAGGAAUUGCGUACAGCGGAACAAUACAAGUGAUUAUAUUUUCAAUUCUGCCAAAAUAUAUGGGACGCAAGUCGUGCUUUCUACUUGCUUCAUUUAUAUCUAUGAUCGGUUUUGUUGUGUUAUAUUUCUCAAAAACUGCGACACAUCUUAUUAUUUUUGAAUCCAUUGAAGGAGUUCUAUUCGCCUGUCAAAUUACUAUCUGCAUCAUGAUCAUCACUGAAUACUCAUCGCCGAGAUAUCGAGGUAUUUUCUUGACUAUGAAAUCUGCAUCAUUAAUGUGGGGAGUGUGGGUAUCCAAUGCCAUAGGAACUUACUUCCACUGGAGCAACAUUGCUGUGGUUGGAUGUGUUACGACUGCCUAUAUUAUAAUAACUACUUUAAAUUGGCCCGAGUCACCUUACUGGCUUGCGACUAGAGGUCGACUGAAUGAGUGCAGAGUUGCACAUCAUUGGCUUAAAGGAAAUAGCGAAGAAUCUGAGAAAGAACUUCAAAAUCUUAUCGAGCGGCAAACAGAUUUAUCUCGCGACGAAGAAAACGAUCAAGAAAAUUUAAAAACGUUAUGUACUGUUAUUAAGAGAAAUACAUUUUACAAACCUAUGUUAUUAUCCAUGUUAAUUUUAACACUGUAUAACUCAUUGGGCAAAAUGGCUUGUACAGUCUAUGCUAUAGAUAUAAUUCAACAAUUCACAGGCAGUGAGUCCAGAGCUUACACUAUAAUGUUAGUACUCGACGGAGUAACUAUUGUUGGUGUGUAUGUGGGCUGUGCUAUUUCCAGAUAUGCUCGAAGGAGAUCCUUUCUAAUUAUUACUUCGGGUUUCGGCAUAAUGUUUUUAUAUAUACUAUCUUUGUUUUUAUACUUGGUGUCGAGUGGUAUUGUUGAAAAUAACGUACAUAUGUCUUUGUUGCUGUUGUUGUGUUACACAGUUACAGUCAGCGGCGGCCCCAUGAUAAUGAGCACGUCUCUGGUCAGUGAACUAAUGCCGCUAUCUAAUAGAAACAUGUUUGCUUUUCUUAUCGGAACAUUUUCGAAUUUCGCUUUUGCAACUUUUAUAAAAAUAGCUCCUUUCCUCUUUACAUCUUAUGGUUUUGCAGCAACAUUCUUCAUUUACGCUUCCACAGCUUUGUGCUGUCUCAUAUUGAUCUUCAUUUAUUUGCCAGAAACAAAAGACAAAACUCUUCUUGAAAUAGAACAAUUGCAUACAAAUAAUGAACCGAAGAGCAAUAAGCAAAGCGAACUGCGGAAGGAGUAAAAUUAUUUUUCUGUUUUAGCCAAUAUUGACAUCAAGGUAGCCCAAAAUUUGUUUACCAAAUAUAAGUCGAUUGAACAUAGAAAUGUGUUU